AAGUUAUGAUAAAUGAGGAUGUUAAAUCUUUGCCAGAAACUGAGGUAAGCAUAUCUGCUAAAUUGAUUUCAAAGGAAUCAGAAACUAUAAAUAUAUUUGAUAAGUAUAAUGAAAACGAUGGUGAAUUCUCUGAUGAUAACGAUAAUGAAUUCUCUGAUGAUAACAAUGGAGAUUAUUGCGGUUUUUCUGACGAAGAUGAACUAGGAGAGUAA